AUGCGUGCUGAUGCCUCUCCCGAUCGUCCCAGGGCGAAGGAUUACAGCACGACUCCAGUUGGCGAUGGUUCUUGUGCUACUAGGCUCAACCUACCAGCAAGCUGCGACCCCCCGCCGUUAGAUCGGCCCGGAAGACAACUUGUCUGGGCUGUAUUUGGGGGGACUGGCCACAUGGGCCGAUCCCUUGUCAAAUGUGCUCUGUCCCGCGGAGAUCUUGUAGCCUCGGUGGGGAGGCUUUUCGAAACGAAUGUCGAGGCCAUGAGCGAGGCAGCAGACGGCGACAACUUUCUGGGGACUUUAUGCGAUGUGAGGUCAGCAGAUUCUGUGGGACGUGCAGUCAAGAUGGUUCUAGAUCGCUUUGGUCGAGUUGACGUGAUCGCCAAUUGCUCGGGCUACGGUGUUAUCGGUGCCUGCGAGGAUCAAGAUGAGCACGACCUUCGCAAUCAGUUUGAGACUAACCUCAUGGGCACGCUCAACAUCAUCCAGGCAAGUCUACCAUACUUUCGAAAGCAGCAGGGAGGGCGCUACUUAAUCUUCAGCUCAACGUCUGGGGCGUUAGGCGUGCCAGGACUCGGUCCGUACUGCGCAACGAAGUACGCUGUUGAGGGCUUGGUCGAGGCCAUGCUGUACGAAACCGACUCGAUCAAUGUCAAGGCAACAUUAGUCGAGCCUGGCUUGGUCCGACGGGACGAACCCGACUCUACGGUGAAUCCUCUGCCUACCUGGGGUCAUUUCCGCAUCAAAGCAGCUAGCGAACCCUACAUGUCUGCAAACUCGCCGGCCCUGCACGCAAAGAGGAUGUUUCAAUGGCUGGGGGAUAAGCAACCUACCAGUGCUGUAAAGUGCGCCGAGCUCGUUUGGCAGCUGGCUCAUUGCUCUUACCCCCCACUUCGGCUGUUGCUGGGGAGCUAUGCUAUAGAGAGUAUCAGAGACCGACUUCGCUCAGUUACGGAGGAGCUGGAAGACUGGAAGCAUCUCAACUUCUCCAUUGUCCCUGAGCCAUUUGAGGGUGAGGCUGAGACAAGAGACGGGCACCCCGUACUAGGCAUGGGCACGGAAGUGGCAGAGACAUAA